AUGCUGGCGCGAAUGACGACGAAGGUGCUGCAGCGACAGCAGGGCAUUAAGCCGCUUCUCGUUCGGUCUUUUGCACAUCGCGUGAGUAUGGUGCUCAAGGAGGACGUGGGCAACCUCGGAUAUCGUGGUGAUGAGGUUUUUGUAAAAGCAGGCUACGCUCGUAACUAUCUGUACCCUGAAAAGCUAGCAGUGUAUGCUACAGAGGCGAAUCUCCAGAAGUACAAGGUCGACAAGGAGUCGGUGGAUGAGACGCAGCUUGAGAAGGAGCACGAGCUUGAGGCGAUCAUUCAUCAAUUGAGCAAUAUUGAGGUAGUGUUUAAACGUCAUACGGCCAGCAAGGCAGAUGUCAAGCUACAUAGCGAGGUGAAUGUUCAGAAUAUCUCGGACAUGCUGGAGAAGCAGCACGACCUCAUCGUGGGCGUAGCCCGAAUUGAUCUGCCGGCACCCAUUAAGACCCUGGGCGAGCACAUGGUCAAAGUCCGCGUGGAUGAUGCGAUUGAGGAGGAAUAUGCUACUGGUAAGGUGGUGUCCGUUGCGGAAGUCGAGGUAGAGGAGACUGCUGAGGAUGAGGACAAGAAGCAGAAGAAGGGACCGUCUAAGAAGAAGUGGGUGAAUCUUGCUAUACAGGUCGAGCGACGGUAG